AUGCAUUCAGCUCUCUCUCUUUCCUUCUCACAGGCGUCACUUCCUUUACCGAAUCGUCCGCUCUGUUCAUUGAACGCCGCUCCUUCUACGCCGAGGAGUCUCCGGUUCUGUGGACUCCGGCGGGAGGCGUUCGGUUUCUCCCCUUCGAAGCAGCUGACCUCAUGCCGUUUCCAAAUUCAUAGUAGGAGGAUCGAAGUCUCUGCCGCUGCUUCUUCUUCUUCCUCCGCUAAUGGCAAUGGAGCUACGUCGAAAUCGUUCGAUUAUGAUUUGGUCAUUAUCGGAGCUGGAGUUGGCGGCCACGGAGCUGCAUUGCACGCCGUUGAGAAGGGACUCAAAACUGCAAUCAUUGAAGGAGAUGUUGUGGGAGGGACUUGCGUCAACAGAGGGUGCGUGCCUUCCAAAGCUCUCCUUGCUGUUAGUGGUAGGAUGCGGGAGCUCCAGAACGAACAUCACAUGAAGGCAUUUGGUUUGCAGGUUUCAGCUGCCGGUUAUGACCGUCAGGGUGUGGCUGACCAUGCGAGUAACCUGGCUACCAAGAUUAGAAAUAACCUCACCAAUUCAAUGAAGGCACUUGGUGUUGACAUAUUGACAGGCUUUGGCUCUGUUCUGGGGCCACAAAAGGUUAAAUAUGGAAAGGUCGGUUUCCCUGACAAUAUUAUCACCGCCAAAGAUAUAAUCAUUGCAACUGGAUCUGUACCCUUUGUCCCGAAAGGAAUUGAAGUUGAUGGAAAGACUGUUAUCACAAGUGACCAUGCAUUGAAAUUGGAGUCUGUUCCUGAAUGGAUUGCGAUAGUAGGAAGUGGUUAUAUCGGUCUUGAGUUCAGUGAUGUUUACACGGCCCUUGGAAGUGAGGUAACAUUUAUUGAGGCUCUGGAUCAGCUGAUGCCUGGAUUUGAUCCUGAGAUCAGUAAGCUGGCUCAAAGGGUUCUGAUAAAUCCAAGAAAGAUUGACUAUCAUACUGGAGUCUUUGCAAGCAAAAUCACUCCAGCAAAAGAUGGAAGACCAGUUAUGAUUGAGCUUAUUGAUGCCAAAACCAAGGAACCCAAGGAUACUUUGGAGGUGGACGCUGCUCUUAUUGCUACAGGAAGAGCUCCAUUCACCAGUGGUCUUGGCCUGGAAAAUGCGUCACUUCCUUUACCGAAUCGUCCGCUCUGUUCAUUGAACGCCGCUCCUUCUACGCCGAGGAGUCUCCGGUUCUGUGGACUCCGGCGGGAGGCGUUCGGUUUCUCCCCUUCGAAGCAGCUGACCUCAUGCCGUUUCCAAAUUCAUAGUAGGAGGAUCGAAGUCUCUGCCGCUGCUUCUUCUUCUUCCUCCGCUAAUGGCAAUGGAGCUACGUCGAAAUCGUUCGAUUAUGAUUUGGUCAUUAUCGGAGCUGGAGUUGGCGGCCACGGAGCUGCAUUGCACGCCGUUGAGAAGGGACUCAAAACUGCAAUCAUUGAAGGAGAUGUUGUGGGAGGGACUUGCGUCAACAGAGGGUGCGUGCCUUCCAAAGCUCUCCUUGCUGUUAGUGGUAGGAUGCGGGAGCUCCAGAACGAACAUCACAUGAAGGCAUUUGGUUUGCAGGUUUCAGCUGCCGGUUAUGACCGUCAGGGUGUGGCUGACCAUGCGAGUAACCUGGCUACCAAGAUUAGAAAUAACCUCACCAAUUCAAUGAAGGCACUUGGUGUUGACAUAUUGACAGGCUUUGGCUCUGUUCUGGGGCCACAAAAGGUUAAAUAUGGAAAGGUCGGUUUCCCUGACAAUAUUAUCACCGCCAAAGAUAUAAUCAUUGCAACUGGAUCUGUACCCUUUGUCCCGAAAGGAAUUGAAGUUGAUGGAAAGACUGUUAUCACAAGUGACCAUGCAUUGAAAUUGGAGUCUGUUCCUGAAUGGAUUGCGAUAGUAGGAAGUGGUUAUAUCGGUCUUGAGUUCAGUGAUGUUUACACGGCCCUUGGAAGUGAGGUAACAUUUAUUGAGGCUCUGGAUCAGCUGAUGCCUGGAUUUGAUCCUGAGAUCAGUAAGCUGGCUCAAAGGGUUCUGAUAAAUCCAAGAAAGAUUGACUAUCAUACUGGAGUCUUUGCAAGCAAAAUCACUCCAGCAAAAGAUGGAAGACCAGUGUUGAUUGAGCUUAUUGAUGCCAAAACCAAGGAACCCAAGGAUACUUUGGAGGUGGACGCUGCUCUUAUUGCUACAGGAAGAGCUCCAUUCACCAGUGGUCUUGGCCUGGAAAAUAUCAAUGUAGCGACGCAGAGAGGUUUUAUACCAGUUGAUGAGCGAAUGCGUGUUAUCGAUGGGAAUGGAAAGCUGGUUCCACACUUGUACUGCAUCGGCGAUGCCAACGGUAAAAUGAUGCUCGCUCAUGCUGCCAGUGCCCAAGGAAUUUCUGUGGUGGAGCAAGUCACAGGUAGAGAUCGUGUGCUUAAUCAUCUUAGCAUCCCAGCUGCUUGUUUUACUCAUCCGGAAAUCAGCAUGGUGGGAUUAACAGAGCCUCAAGCGAGAGAAAAAGCUGAGAAAGAGGGAUUUAAAGUAAGUAUUGCCAAGACAAGUUUCAAGGCAAACACAAAGGCCCUUGCUGAAAAUGAAGGAGAAGGAAUCGCCAAGAUGAUAUACAGACCUGACAAUGGUGAAAUCCUUGGAGUUCAUAUAUUUGGAUUGCAUGCUGCUGAUCUGAUCCAUGAAGCAUCUAACGCCAUCGCUUUAGGAACACGCCUUCAGGACAUAAAACUUGCGGUUCAUGCACAUCCUACGCUUUCUGAAGUUGUUGAUGAACUGUUUAAAGCUGCCAAGGUCGAAAGUACAGCUUCAACAACGGCACAAAGUGUAAAAGUCGCUGUUUAA